CAGGAGGAGGGAUGGGGCUUUAAAUAUGGAAAAAAGACACGCUGCGCUCCAACUCUUCACACUUUGAGAAGAAAUGUCGAUCAAGAUGUUUCUUCAGCACGAGUUUACGCCGUGUGGCACAUUAUGAGGACAGUGUGGUGCAGUUUCAGAUGAUUUUUGUAGAGUCAGGCAGCUCCAGCAGAUCAACUUCCCCACUUUUUGAGUCACAACUUUAGAGGCGCGUCAACUGUUGUGUUUGUCUAAACCUGAUCAAGCCGAACCUACGACACGACUACUCAACUCUACUUUUACACCAUGGCAUCGGAAAAAAACAAAGUGGAGGAUGAAGCCGUUUUGGACAGAGGAGCAGCCUUUGUCAAGCAUGUCUGUGAUGAAGAGGAGGUAGAAGGUCACCACACUGUGUACAUUGGAGUGCAUGUUCCUAAGAGCUACCGCCGGAGGAGGCGCCACCGGCGCAAGUCCAGCCAUAAAGAGAAGAAAGAAAGGACAGAACACACCACAGAGGGAUACAAAUCAGAUGGAGACAAUGCAGAUGACUGUGUUUCAAGUGUCCUCAAACCUCUCAUUUCUCCAGCUGAGAGAAUCAGGUUUAUCCUGGGAGAAGACGAUGAUGGCCCUCCGCCUCCACAGCUCUUCACUGAGCUGGAUGAACUACUGUCUGUGGAUGGACAGGAGAUGGAGUGGAAGGAGACGGCCAGAUGGAUCAAGUUUGAGGAGAAAGUGGAGAAAGGUGGAGAGCGCUGGAGUAAACCCCAUGUGGCUACACUGUCCCUACACAGUCUGAUGGAACUCAAGACAUGUAUUGAGCAGGGUACAAUCAUGCUUGACCUGGAAGCCACCACACUGCCUCAAGUUGUUGAGGUGAUCACAGACAGCCAGAUCGAGAGUGGACAGCUGAAGCCUGACCUGAAGGAGAAGGUCAUGUACACUUUGCUGAGAAAACACCGGCAUCAAACAAAGAAAUCCAACUUGCGUUCACUUGCAGACAUUGGCAAAAGUGUUUCAAGCGCAAGUAGACUGUUUUCUAACCCUGAAAAUGUACGCAACCCUCAUGAGCAUGUGCCUUGUUUAACCCCUCAAGAGUCAGAGGAGCCAUGUGAGGAGGUCAUAAGAAGCUCCAGCAUGGGAUACCUCUGUAGUCCAACCCCUGCCCACCGAAACCUCACAUCCAACAGCUUGAGUGACUUCUCAGAUAAGCCAGAAAAAGAUCAGCUGAAGAACAAGUUUAUGAAGAAACUCCCACGUGAUGCUGAAGCUUCAAAUGUACUGGUAGGAGAAGUGGAUUUCCUGGAAACUCCCUUUGUGGCAUUUGUUCGGCUGCAACAGGCAGUCAUGCUGGGGGCUUUAACUGAGGUCCCUGUGCCCACAAGGUUCCUGUUUGUCCUCUUGGGUCCCAAAGGAAAAGCAAAGUCUUAUCAUGAGAUUGGGAGGGCCAUAGCAACUCUGAUGUCUGAUGAGGUUUUUCAUGACAUUGCCUACAAGGCAAAGAACAGACAGGACCUGCUGGCUGGGAUUGAGGAGUUCCUUGAUGAGGUCAUUGUUCUCCCUCCUGGCGAAUGGGACCCUGACAUCAGGAUAGAGCCCCCUAAAUCUCUGCCCUCAUCAGACAAGAGAAAGAACAUGUAUUCUGGAGGAGAUCCCCCUCAUAUGAAUGGAGAUGCUCCCCAUGAUGCAGGGCACGGUGGAGCAGGUGGAGGUGGAGGAGGACAUCAGGUUGGAGAGGAGCUGCAACGCACAAAUAAAUUUUGUGGUGGCCUCGUCCUGGAUAUCAAACGCAAGUUGCCAUUUUUUGCCAGUGACUUCUAUGAUGCUUUGCAUAUUCAGUCUCUUUCUGCCAUCUUGUUCAUUUACCUUGGCACCGUCACCAAUGCCAUAACCUUUGGAGGCUUGCUUGGCGAUGCUACAGAAAAUAUGCAGGGUGUGCUGGAAAGUUUCCUGGGCACAGCACUGACAGGAGCAGUUUUCUGUCUGUUAUCCGGACAGCCCCUUACCAUUCUCAGCAGCACAGGCCCUGUGCUUGUAUUCGAAAAACUCCUGUUUAACUUCAGCCGAGACAAUGACUUUGACUACCUGGAGUUUCGGCUGUGGAUAGGCUUGUGGUCGGCCCUGUUCUGUCUGGUGCUGGUCGCCACAGAUGCUAGUUUCCUGGUGCAGUACUUCACUCGUUUUACCGAGGAAGGCUUCUCUGCUCUCAUCAGCUUCAUCUUCAUUUAUGACGCGUUUAAGAAGAUGAUCAAGCUGGCUCACCAUAACCCUAUUCAUGCUUACUAUGAUCCCAAUCUCAUCACCCAGUAUGGCUGCCUGUGUGUACCUGGCAACAAUUCAGAACUCCUUGAUCUUUCUGCCUGGACAAACAGUACAGAUCUGCCAGUCAAUGCCACUUGGGAGUCUCUUACCAGAACACAGUGCUCGAAAUACGGUGGCCAGUUAGUUGGUGAGACGUGUGGCUAUGUGCCUGACAUCACACUCAUGUCCUUCAUCUUGUUCUUUGGGACCUACACCUGCUCCAUGGGUCUGAAGAAGUUCAAGACGAGCCGUUUCUUCCCUACCAGAGUGAGGAAGCUCAUCAGUGACUUUGCCAUCAUCUUAACCAUUCUUCUUUUCUGUGGUGUGGAUGCCUUGAUUGGGGUUGACACUCCAAAACUCAUUGUGCCAAGUGAAUUUAAGCCUACAAGUCCAAAGAGAGGGUGGUUCGUUACUCCUUUUGGAGGAAACCCUUGGUGGGUGUAUUUGGCAGCUGCAUUGCCUGCUUUGCUGGUUACCAUUCUUAUCUUCAUGGAUCAACAAAUUACUGCAGUGAUUGUCAACAGAAAAGAACACAAACUAAAGAAAGGAGCAGGUUAUCACUUAGACCUGUUUUGGGUGGCUGUCCUAAUGAUUGUGUGCUCAUUCAUGGGUUUGCCGUGGUACGUGGCUGCUACUGUCAUCUCUAUUGCCCACAUCGACUCUCUGAAAAUGGAAACGGAGACAUCAGCCCCUGGAGAGCAGCCAAAGUUCCUGGGUGUCAGGGAACAAAGGGUCACUGGCAUCUUCGUGUUCCUCCUCACUGGACUGUCAGUUUUCAUGGCUCCCAUUUUGAAGUUUAUCCCAAUGCCUGUGCUGUAUGGUGUGUUUCUGUACAUGGGUGUAGCCUCUCUCAAUGGAGUCCAAUUCAUGGAUCGGUUGCAACUCCUUCUCAUGCCAGCCAAACAUCAACCUGAUCUGAUCUACUUGCGUCAUGUACCACAGAGAAGAAUCCACCUCUUCACCUUCAUCCAGGCUCUUUGCCUAGCUCUGCUUUGGGUACUCAAGUCGACUGUGGCCGCUAUUAUAUUCCCAGUCAUGAUCCUUGCAUUAGUCGCAGUGCGUAAGGCCAUGGACUAUGUCUUCUCUCAACACGAUCUCAGUUAUCUCGACGAUGUAAUACCAGAAAAGGAUAAAAAGAAGAAGGAAGAUGAGAAGAAAAAGAAAAACAAGAAGAAGGGCAGCAUAGAUAGUGAAAUAGAUUAUUCUGACUAUCCCUACCUUGAAAAUGUCCCCAGUAUAAAAAUUUCCAUGGACAUGUUGGAGCAGGAGCCCAUGUUGAAGAAUAAAUCUGUGGAUAGAGAUGAGUCGCAGAUUUUCCUUACCCCUCAUUCGGCGUGCUGAACAGUACUUUGAGUCUUCCACAGUGGCCGAGUUGUCUUGACAGGGGUUCGUAUACCAAAGGUUCACCUCAGAUACGAAUACACUGUGACUCCAUGGAAAAUGUAUUUUUGCAGAAGAAGGGCUCUGAAAUCGAUCUGUGAAUGAAUCCAUGGGCAAUACUAUGUUUGGAAAUAUAUAUUUUAUUUAUUUUCUUUUACUAAAUGCUUGUUUUUAUCAUAUUUAUUGUGAUUCAAAACCAUUUGAAUGUAAGAUGUUGAAUUUAGUCGGUUGAAUGCCUAUAAACAAUGUUGGUACGAUUUAAAAUCAAAAAUCAAUCAUACUAUUUUAUGACAAAUGUGAUUUUUAUGUAGAAUGACUUCCUUGUAAAGAGUUACCUGUUCAGGAAAGGAAGUGUUCUGUAACUGUAAUUGUUCGACUUGACAUUUCUAAUUGCACAACGACCAGUCGGACCAGCUUCUCUUUAUGGACCAGCUUCUGAAGGCAUUGUCUUUUAUGUUAGGUUGAACAAAGGAGACGACACAACUCCAAAAAAAAUGAGCCCUAUAACAUUGUCCUUUUAGAAAAAGUUAUGAGGCAAGGCUGUAUGUUAUUCAUACACAACCUUUACGUCCAGAUCAGCUUCCUCUUAAAAUGUGACACUUUACUUGUGUUUAGCACAGAACAAAUCAAAAGUUUGAUUGUUGUUGUUUUCAAGACCCUUUUCUGUAUUCGAUACAGUUAAUGUGUUACUUUUUCCUGAUCAUUUUUCCACAUUCUCUUUGUAUACAUUUGGCAGCAAAUACUUUAUGAAUCUUUGGCCUUGCCUCAUUAUUAAAUGUUAAUGUAUAUUGUAAUCGGAUACAUAGUUUUGUUUUCAAAUAGAAUAUUUUGUAAUUAUAUUUUGAUAUAAAUAUAAUGGAACAAAUAUUUUCACCUGCUUUGUUAUAAUCAAUGCAAUGAAUCAUAUUCACGCUGAACUCUGCGUGACUAGAAAUACUAAAAGACUUUGGGUAAACUGCACCAUAUUUAUGAAUGCAAGUGCAUUCAUUUUCUGUUACUAUGAUCAUAUUACGUGAUAUUCUUUGAAUGGCUCUAGUGUGCUGAAGAGCUCAUAAACUGGACUUUUUGUUGGGGAUAUUGGCAUCUUUUGGUUCUUCAAUCAAUCAGAAAUAACAGUGAGUAUAAUAUGACAUUCUUAUUAGUAAUAGUAAACUUACUUUCUUAUUAUCGUCUUGGAAUGAAAUACAUCUCUUAACAUUGACUUUUUGUGACUUUAUAAAGUGUUCAUUGUCUCCCAUGCAAGUCUGCGUGUUCAGGCAGCACAGUAUUUAGCUCCACUCACAACAACUGAUUUGACAAUGAGCAUCUUUUUUUUUUUUUUUUGUUCAAAUCAUUUUGUACAUGACAAGCAUGUGUGAAGCAGAUUACCUUUUUUAAUUAUUGAUCAGUUUUUGAAAUCAAUAAAAGACUAUGAUUCUUAACA